AUGGCACUGCGUCUUACAGAGUCUUAUGACACGCUUCUGGUCAACUUCUACGCCGAUUGGUGUCGAUUCAGCCAGCUUCUGGCGCCUAUAUUUGAGGAUGCAGGUUCUCAGGCCGCCGUAAAAUUUCCGACCGGUUCAGUAGCUCUUGCCAAGGUUGACUGUGAGACCGAAGCGAUGCUCUUGUCCGCCGUUCAUGUGGUCAACCGCAGUUGCAUCGCCUUCGAAUAG